AGCAUGGGACAGGUGGUGGUGGAAACGGUAGUGGGCUUACCGAUCCGCUCGCGGUGGACUUCAAUAUCAAGUUUCUACAUAGUCUAAAAACCCGCUACUCCGCAGCUCGAGCUGCCUGAGGUGGCCCAGCGUAGAAAGAAGGAUCAAGCAGCUGAAUCGACAAUGCACUUUUCAUUGACACGUUUUGUGAUUUUGCUGAAACGACUCGCGAAGGAACGCCUAAAACCAAAACCAAUCUCCGACGGCCGAACGCUGAAUGCCGCCGACGGAGACUCAUCUACCUCGCAUAGCGCUACAUCGAAACAUUCCUUCCUCGAUUUUUUGGAAACCCCUUACAUUUCACUCGACCGACCACCUAUGAAAAACACCCCUGCCUUCAACGCGCUAUUCAAAACCCUUGCGCAGGCUCUAUGCGACACCAGCCCCGACCGAACCCUCCGUUUCGAAGCCUUCCGUCUUCUCAUCCAGAUUGACAACGAACCGCAGCUUGGGCGAUGGGAGGUCAUAGCGUUCAGGCGAGUCAUUGACGAGAUGUUGCAACAUGGAAACGCAUCGGAGCAGUGGCUGGCAGCGACAACUCUCGCGAGGCAAGGGGAGCUGAAUGAUAUUGUGCUUUCGAUUUUGCGCAAAUCGUUGGGAGAUGUCGAUGCGGCGCGGAGGGCGCUUGCAUUGCAGAUGCUUGGUGGACUGGACGUUUCUUUGGCUGAUCGCGUGCUGCAGAUUGUUCUGGAGGACUGUGGGAGUACGAGCUGGAGGGUGCGUUGCGAUGCCGUUACGUUGCUGGAAGUGUGGGUUCAGAAACUGUCUGAGUUGCUCCCAUGCCCCACGGACGAUGAUGACCUCCAGACGACCCUGCAUGGCGGAGGGAGCCAGUCCAGCGAGCGCUCAAGCGUGGCCAGCCGGUCCACCCGCCCCAGCACACAGCAGCACCCGCCUUCAGAAUCAGAAGAUUCUGCGAACGCUCGGCAACUACUUCAAAUGUCUGUGCAAAUGCUGCUUUCACUUAUGUGGAACGACUGGCAUCAAGAUGUCCGGCAAGUGGCGUCCUCUGCGCUGGCGAGAUUGGGAAAAGGUCGGACUGUGCUGGAUUGGCUGGUUGCGAUGUUGGGUGCGGAGGAUCCUUUGAGAAGAGUGGAUGCUUUGCGGGCUUGCAUGAGACUCGGCUUUCUGUUAGCGGCUGCUGUGGACAGUUAUGUUAUGUGCUUGGCUGAUAACUUUGCAAGUGUUCGCCUUGAAGCGUGCAAGCUUGCUUGCGUGGUUCAAAUGAAAGAUCGAAGCGUACUGAACAGUCUGUUAGAUCGCGUCACGGACUUCGAGUGGCAAGUGAGGGCUUACGCCGUCAAAGGCGUCGCCAACAGUGGUAACACUGACCCGCAAGUACAUGCCGCUCUGCGCUGCGUCCUAUAUCACGACCCCAACCCGUCAGUACGAGCCGAAGCAAUCAACGCUACUCAGUCAUUGGGUAUCUUGGCACAAGACAAGGUUCUGCAGCAAGCUGUGUUCACCCUCAGAGAAGUGGAUCCCACGCCGGCGGUACGGAAAGAGGCGGACAAAGCACUCACGGCGGCCGUGGGCUUGAUCAUUGCUACUGGACCGGGACAAGAUCUUCCAACUUUCACUUUGACCAAUGAAGCGGGUGCUGUGGUAGCACCUUCGGCAACGACCAACAACGCGAAUGCCGCUGGUGGCUCUGCUGGCCUCGGGUCACCUAUGCCCACUGCAAGAGGAAGCGGAAACAGCAGUGUUCCAACGACAUCCGGCCGCGGGGCGGCCAGCAAUGCGAGCAAUGCCACCCUCUCCAUCCCCUUCGCACACAUCCUCUCCGACCGGUCGCCCGCAGAAGCCUCAGUCUUCCUUCGCACUUCGCUGGUAGAAGAAAAGGAACUCGAAGCCGUAAUCGACCAGGUCCGCGACAUGGCGGGGCAAGACCGUGUCACUGCCGAGGUGAUGGAGAGCAAUUCAGGUCCACACCCGUACGAUGAAGAUGAGGAAGUUGUAGAUGAUCACGUGCCGGAUGUAAAGGCGAUUCAUGAAAGGAAGGGGAGAAGGCAUAUUGAUAUUGGGUUACCCGAGAUUGUGAGGAAGCUGCCUGGGGUUCCGAUGAAAAGACCGUGGCAGAAUCGGCAUAGGACGGUGGCUGGCGCGGCUGAAUGAUGGGACUUCGGUUGUACCAAACCCAGCCGAACACUAUCCGCUGCAAGCAGGAC